CGGGACGGCCAGGAAAGUAUGACUUUGUUACUCCGCCCGACUUUAUGGUGGGAGGGCGCUGAGUUUGAGGACUGCGGGAGUUUGGGGACGAGUCAGUGAGAGGGAAGGACUCGCGCGGACUUUUUGUUGUCAUCUCUGACUCCGAGGGCUUUUAUUUUCACGUCUGUGGAGCAACGGCGCGCUGCGUAAACUCCAACUCCUGCUCCAGCUGACACUCAUCCAAUGUGCGCAAACGGGCUUUAUGUUCUGGCCGUCCUGUCUGGACUCGCAGCCUCAGGGGUUCUGCCGGUCGCAGGAAUGCGUAUCUACACACCUGGAGAUGUUGAAGCGGUGAACGGGACAGAUGUUCGCCUCAAGUGCACAUUUGACAGCCAAAUUCCCAUCAACCCCCGAAGUCUCACUGUUUCCUGGACUUUUAAACCGCUCACGAAAGGGAGAGAGGAGUCGGUUUUCUAUUACCACGAGAAACCGUAUCCUCCUCCGGACGGCUUGUUCAGGAAGCGCGUUUCUUGGGCCGGUGAUGUCAUGGGCCGUGAUGCCUCCAUCAUAAUCAAAGAAGUAAAGUUUACCUACAAUGGCACCUACACCUGCCAGGUGAAGAACCCGCCUGAUGCCCACGGUGCACUUGGAGAAAUUCGACUCCUUGUUGUCACCACAGCCUCUUUCUCUGAACUUCUCCUUCUGGCGUUCGCCAUUGGGGGUGGCAUCACCGUGCUGGUGAUCCUCCUCCUCGUCAUCGUAUCCUUAAGGAAGUACAGGAGGAGGCACAGAGAGCAGGGGGGGAUCGAGGAGGCUCCCCGCAAAGAGAGGAAAGACCCCACUGCGUGUCACCCGUCAAGGGCCGUCCAUCUCUACACGGCGGAGUCUCUCAUAGAGAUCGACAGUUCAGAUGGCAUGAUCUCAGACGCCAGCACCAAAGACCCGAGCUCCUCAGACGAGGGCGAAGAUGAUGACGAUGAUGACGACGGCAACGACUCCGACUGAGGAGGUCUGGGAAGAGACGGAGAGAGAGAUGCUGAUGUGUCGCCAGCCAGAGCGGCUUGGCGGAAGCUCAGCCAGACAGCGCCGUGGGAUCCCGUGUUCUGCACAGAAAGUGGCGCUGCGAUGAUGAAAAGAGCCACAGUGUUCGAUGAAGCGGAAAAUGUAGAUCUCUUUAAAACAAUCCCAGAGAAAUCCAAGCUUCUCUGAAAGACUGAAAUGAGAUGUAAAGAAAGAGCUGAAACAUUCACAGGAGAAGUGAAGAAAAGUUUUGAUGGAAGUGAAAUUGUUUUUUUGAGGACAGUAAGAAAUAAGAAGGUCGUUCCUGCCAUGAUGAGCCAUUUCCGGAGCUAAACUUGAAUAAAGCCAGUAUCCUCUUUAAAGGGUCUACGAUGACUUCACAGUCAGCUCAUCAUUGAUUCCUGACUCUUCCACUUAUUUGGUAAAGAAACCACAAAGUGUUGUGAAGUCAAUCUGGUGCAACACAAUAGGAAUCCAUCUUCUCUGAAGAUCUGAAAACUCCUUUGACGUCAUCCUUGUCUUUCCUUCUUAUUGGACACCAUUUUUGACUGGAGUUCUUUUAUGGUUUUCUGUAUUUUUCUAUCUAGUUUUAUAGAUUUAUCAAAAAUAUUUGAAUGUUUCAAACAGGACUUAAACAUCUCUGGUAAAUCCCAUUGCAUUCAGUUGAUGUAAGCACAAACUCACCACCCUGUGCUUCAAAAUCUUAAACCGAUUUGACAGUGCUCAUCUAUUAUGUAAGAGAUUGAUCUUGUUAUGGAGCAUUUAUGGUCCAUUAUUAUUUUAAUGCACCGUCUCCAGUCGUGUGUUUAUGGUGCUUCUGUUCCGUCCACGGAGCUCGUCAAACAUUUACCUGUAUCUACGACUGCAGGGAAUGACUGUUUAAUUUGCUGCUGGUUCAAUAUGUCGGUGCUCCGUUUAUUGGCUGUGGCUGUGAUUGUUUUGCUUGUUCCUUCAAUGUUUGAAACUGUUUUCUUUUUCAUUUGUGUUUUUAAUGUUUGUGUGAGUGGGUGUUUGUGUGCCGGGACCAAAGUCUGUCCCACUGGGCGAAGCUUCAGUUACUGAGUGACAGACUUUCAGUUUGACUGUACUUUACUGCCUGAACAUGAAUAUAUGUUUUUUUGCAAAAGUAGUGUGUUGUUGUGCGUUAAGGAACAUAGAUGCCUCGCAACUAUGCAGGCUGUCAAAGCUUAAAGAGUUAUUGACUCUUCAGACAUAAAGAAAGAAAGAUAAAACCUU